GGGAGCGGCGGCGCGAUGGCGGCGGCGGCGGUGUCCGAGGCGUGGCCCGAGCUGGAGCUGGCGGAGCGCGAGCGGCGGCGGGAGCUGCUGCUGACGGGGCCCGGGCUGGAGGAGCGGGUGCGCGCGGCGGGCGGGCGGCUGCCGCCGCGGCUCUUCACGCUGCCGCUGCUGCACUACCUGGAAGUGAGCGGCUGCGGGAGCCUGCGCGAGCCGGGCCCGGGCCUGGCGCAGGGCCUCCCGCAGCUGCACAGCCUCGUGCUGCGGCGCAACGCGCUGGGGCCCGGCCUGAGCCCCGAGCUCGGCCCGCUGCCCGCGCUCCGCGUGCUCGACCUGUCGGGCAACGCGCUGGAGGCGCUGCCGCCGGGCCAGGGCCUGGGCCCCGCCGAGCCGCCGGCCUUCCCUCAGCUGCGGAGCCUCAAUCUCAGCGGCAACCGGCUGCGCGCGCUGCCCGCCGACCUGGCGCGCUGCGCCCCGCGCCUGCAGACCCUCAACCUCACCGGCAACUGCCUGGACGCCUUCCCGGCCGAGCUCUUCCGCCCCGGCGCGCUGCCCCUGCUCAGCGAACUGGCGGCCGCCGACAACUGCCUGCGAGAGCUCAGCGCCGACAUCGCCCACCUGGCGUCGCUCAAGACGCUGGACCUCUCCAACAACCAGCUGAGCGAAAUCCCGGCGGAGCUGGCCGACUGCCCCAAGCUCAAGGAGAUCAACUUCCGCGGGAACAAGCUGAAGGACAAGCGGCUGGAGAAGAUGGUCGGCGGCUGCCAGACCAAGUCCAUCCUGGAGUACCUGCGCGUCGGAGGCCGUGGCGGCGGGAAGGGCAGGGGCAAGGCCGACCCCGAAAAGGAAGAGAGCCGGCGGAAGCGGAGGGAGAGGAAGAAGAGGGAGGGCGGGGAUGGGGAGGAGGAGGAGGUGGACGAAGCCUGCCGGCUGCUGCUCCGGGUCCUGCACGUCUCCGAGAACCCCGCGCCGCUGACGGUCAGGGUGAGCCCCGAGGUCAAGGACGUCCGGCCGUUCAUCGUGGGGGCCGUCGUCAGGGGCAUGGACCUGCAGGCCGGGAACGCGCUCAAGCGGUUCCUCACCUCUCAGACGAAGCUCCACGAGGAUCUCUGUGAGAAGAGAACGGCGGCCACCAUCGCAACCCACGACCUCACAGCGGUGCGGGGGCCCCUGCUGUACACUGCCCGCCCACCACAGGACCUCCAGAUCGUCCCCCUGGGGCGCAGAGAAGUCAAGGCCCAGGAGCUGAUCCGGCAGCUGCAGCUGGAGGCCGAGGAGCACCGGAAGCAGCGGAAGCGGCAGACGGUCUCGGGCCUGCACAGAUACCUUCACUUACUUGACGGAAGAGAACACUAUCCCUGCCUCGUGGAUGCCCAGGGCGAUGUCAUUUCUUUCCCACCGAUAACCAACAGCGAGAAGACCAAGAUUAAGAAAACAACUUCUGAUUUGUUUCUGGAAGUAACAAGCGCAACGAGUCUGCAGAUCUGUAAAGAUAUCAUGGACACCCUCAUUCUGAAAAUGGCAGAAAUCAACAAAUACACUUUAGAAAAUAAAGAGGAGGGCUCGCUGUCAGAUGUGGAAGCCGAUGCCACCUCGGGGCCAGUGUCAGGUCCCAGUGCUGAGAAGGGCGGGACAUGCCCGCUGCUGGUGGAGCAGGUCCGGGUGCUGGACGAGGACGGGCACCUGAAGGUGGUGUACCCAUCCAAGACGGACCUGGACUUCUCCGCAUCCCACGUGACCGUGACCCGCUGACCCACUGAGACAGAAGCCAGGCUGCGGCAGGGAGUCAGCGAGCACAGCAGGCAGAGCGCUAGCGUUGCCUCCUCUGCAGGGCUUGCGUGGGCUGUGAGAUACCUCGUCACGUUUCACCUCGGCCUUUUCUAAGCUUCCUGCAUUCUUUGUUGUUUCCAGAAGGUUUGGUUGUGAAGGUGUGCUACGUGUCAUGUGCUGAGAUUGUCCUGCCCACAGCUCUUACUAAGUUUUUUUAUGAAGUUAAUCGAAUAGCAGAUGUUCUGAAAUCAUGUAGACGCAGCCCAUGACUCUUCGUGGGGGAAAAAGCCACUACAAUUGGUUUGAAUGUUCGGUUCUAAACGGAGACGCUGAACAACAUGCAUUUCGUUGAACUGCACAAUUAUUUUUCUACGACGUCACGUCUUUUAAAAUCACACUGCCAGAGAAAUGUGCAACGAGUCAUGUUCUCCAGCUUGCGGUAAAUUUUUUAUGAAAAAAUUUUGUUCAGUAAAUUGCUGAAUGUUGCUGUUGGCUGCUUCUGGGGUGGAGCCGCGUGGAGCUGCGUGGAGCCUUCCAGCCCAGGGCCACCAUCCACUGGGCCAGGCCAAAAUGUGAGAAGGAUCAGUGGGCUUUCACAAUCGCUGGAAACGAGCACCGCAGUCACAAGCGGACGACGGCAGGACCGCAUCUCGGGGGAAAUGCACAGGUUUCCAGGGCGGUUCCCUGGACUUUGUCAGCUGUUGCCAGCAGCUGACAGGCCGACGGUAGCACUGACUGCAGGCCUGAGGUGUCGAAGCCAGGAGUCCGAAGGUGUGCGCCCCACCACGGGGUCUGCACCGUCUUUUACUGGAGGUGUUUAGUUUUCCAUGUCACAGGCCUGCACCGUCUAUCUGCGUGUGUUCCUAGUGUGUGCACGCACACGCGUCCGUGCCCCUCCCUGGAGCCAGAAUGUUCCUGGGUGUAGGGAGCCAGCCAGCUGUGGAGCUGGUGCUUUUUACUGACCUCACUGCUUUACGUUCUGGCUGAAAUUUGGGGAACUGACUCCUCAGCUUCUUGUUAUUUAGUGACACCAUUUAUUAGGUGGCCUCUGACCUACAAAUGACAGUUUGUGUGUUUUGUCAUUUUGGGGGGAGCAUUUGAAAGAGCCCCACUUAACCCAUGCAGUUAACCAUCGAACCACCUGUGGCGCGUACAGGCAGAGCCACACGGCCCCCAGAGCCCAGCCUGCCCUGCAGCACAUGGCGGGCUCACCACCAAGCCUUCCCGUUGUCCCUGGGCUGACGCCGGUGCCACUUGGCAGCUUCCCUUCUGCUGUGUCCCCCUCAUCAUGCCAUGACUCUUGGCAGUCGAGGCUCCUGGUGCUGUGGCUGGCACAGGGUGGCACGUCACAGAGGAGCCGCUGGGAGCUCCGGGGCUGGGGAGGCCGCAGCCAGCUGCCCUCCGGCUGCUGGGACUUAGGGUUCAGUGGCCACAUUGUGUCACGUCUUCGACCUUAAUGUUGAUGAAGCCACUGGUACCUGCAUCUUUUCUGAUGCAGCUCGAGUCUGUGUGAGAUUUAGAAUGUACUUCACGUACGGCAGAAAGCUGACAUUUUUUUCUUUGCCAGCCCGACCCUCUAAUAAAAACCCUAAGAACACCCA